GUAGCAGCAGAGGGAGAUCUUAAGCGGCGGCUACUAGAACGUCCGCCAUAUCCUGAAAAAGUGACUAUGAAUGCAACUAUACGCAGGCGCACCGAGAAGAUCAAUGCACAACAGACCUCCAUAAGUAAGAUGACAACUCGCCAUCCUACUGAAAUGACUCUUUCCCCUGAACCAGUAAUUGAGCGCGCACUAAACCGCCAGGGUACAGGGCCUUCGCCUUCACCAGAAGAGAUCAUCCGGAGAAUGACUACUCGCAAGCGCACGGAGCCCGUGGAAGUGCUACCAGCGCCUCCAUCACCUUCCAAGCAAGCUGAAGAGCACUCUUUGUCGGCGAGAGUGCCUCCUUCUUACGUGAAAGAUGUGGUUCUUCCGAUAUCUCGAGCAGUUGACGUCCGCUCAAGGACCGCAAAGUGUGCACCCGGACGAGAUCAGAUCGACAGAGCUUCAACAGUAGAUCCAUCCCAAAAACUAGUUCCUAUUAUAGUGCGUCGAGACGCUAGUACUCACUCUCCGAAGUCAGCAAAGAUUGAGCGCCAGACGAUUCGAUGGUCCCCUGAGUCCAAUGGACGCCCUUCGCAGGUGUUGAUCUCGUCCCCGAGCCCUGUCGAGCUUGAGAGGAAAGCCAGUACCGCGGCUCCUGGAAUCGUCGUGGUUCCUUCGCAAUCGGUCCAACGGGAUCGCAAACGUACAAAAGUCAGGACAAAGCCUCACAAGAAGACGCCCAAUUACUCUCCCGAGCGGCAGUACCCUCCAGCUCCUGCAUAUCCGGUACGUGAUACUCCAGCUUGGACUAAGCCAGAUACUUGGGCUCCGCCCUUAAAGCCAGAGGCUGAGCCUGCUCCAAAGAAGCGAAAAUUCCUUGCGCUAGGUACAAAAAGAAGGGAGAAGCCUGGACAUGAAUCUGUCCGUCAAGCUCCAACUCCGACCCUUGUUAGAAGGGAUGAUCGUCUUACCCGAGCGACCCCAGCCUAUGCUCGCAAGGAAGACUACUACCCCAGACUCGCACCAAUCGUACAAGAGCGCCGGAACGACUAUUCACAAGCCCAACCUGCACCCAUCUGGCGAGGCAUCCAGCCGCUGCCGCGAGUUGCGCCAGUCAAAACAGAAGCUUGUCCGUAUUCCUCCUAUCCUGAAGCCUCAGCCCGUAGAGACUUUCAACCGAACUACCAGGAGCGACCCAGAACCCGGGCAGACAUCCCCUAUCGCAACAAAACUCGUCAGCAAUCUUUUCGUAGCCAAGCGCCGAAAGCCGCUAGCCAUCAAUCUCCAGCGAACCAAGAUGUUUGGGACCAAGGGAAGGCCGCUCUUCGGUCUCAAGCGCCUUCACCCCGGCUUUGGCCGCAGGCGCAUGAAGCAUUUGCUCGCGGGCGCCCAGUACCGCAACAGGAUGUUGUCCCAAGGUCUGUACGCAGUGACGUUCGCAGUAGUUUCCAAAGAUCAGGCGUUUCGCAUUCACGAGAGUCGACUGAUCGGGCAAGAGACAUGCGAGCGCAAGAAACGAGGCCCGAUGUCUCUGGGCCUGCGCAGGAAGCGAAUCAGCCGCAUGGAGCAUCAAGAGGUGAGCUGGACUGUUCAGCAACCGCAAUGCAAGAUGGCAAUCGUAGACCAUCGAAAGCUUUCUCGACUGUUACUCAGCGGCCGCAAGGACAAGCGCCAGAACUAAGGGAUCAGUCAUCAGGGCGGUAUUGCGAACAAGGCACUGCAGAAAUAGAACAAGAAUCGAGCCAACAGAAAGAUGAUGGGGAUAUCGGUUGCGAGAUUUCUUCGCAAGGCCAGAGAGACAGUCCCGGCCGCGCCGGUGUUGAUGGUAUUAGCUCCCCCAAUGCUAGACGCAGUGUUUCGCGCAUGGAUUCACCAAACCCCUCCUAUCUCAGCUGGGGGGUGUCAGUUCAAGACCAGAGUGGAGGACCCGAACAGCCGUCAAGCCAAGGUCUGAAUGGUCGACGAUCUUCAGUCCAGAACUCCAUUGGAAGAUGCGCGUCAGCACCAGGCCCAGGAGUGGCAACGGCUAUCAAGAGAGUGCCGACAGGUGCGCCAGUUUCGAGAGCGGUAGCCACAGGAGCCAUUGGAAUAGGAGAGGCUGCUCCACCAACAGAAAUCGCGUCACCGUCAGCAGCAGAGCUCAGUGAUAGAGGAUCACUUCAAGAUCUACAGACUGCAAGUGUCAGACCGAAACCAAAGGAAGAGGCAGUUGAACUACCGCGACGCCGCUCCUCAGUCCUUCUAUCUGAUGUAAGCUCUUCAGAUCUUUAUGCACUACCUCAACGUACAGCGCCCGCGAAGCCAAAGCCAGAGCUAGGCCGAAAGUACUCAUUAUAUGGCUCGCACUACCCAACGAGAGGCUGGUUCAGAGGCAAAGGAAAGGGUCAGGAUCGGCGACCGCCAGCCUAGUCAGCAGGCGCUGGAGCAGGACGCUUGUCAAUGGAUCAGAGUUCAGUAGUAGCUGAGGAAGAGCAUCCAAAGGGACAAUAUCAAUCGGCAAAGAUCGGAGUGAAGGUUGUACAGAGAAGUUCGGGC